AUGGUUCGAUACGCAGCAACUGAGAUCCAUCCCACCAAGUCAGCCCGCGCCCGCGGUGCUUACCUGAGAGUAUCAUUCAAAAACUGCCGCGAGGUUGCGAAGACGGUUUCUGGAUGGAAGUUGCAGCGCGCAGUCAAGUUCCUUGAGAACGUACAAGAGCACAAGGAGGCAGUUCCGAUGAGAAGAUAUGCUGGUGGAACUGGACGUGCUGCACAGGGAAAGCAAUUCGGUGUCUCCCGCGCACGAUGGCCUGUCAAGUCUGCCGAGUUCAUCCUCGGUCUCCUCAAGAAUGCUGAGGCAAACGCCGAUACGAAGGGUCUUGACACAGGCAACCUGAUCGUCAAGCACAUCCAAGUCAACCAGGCACCCAAGCAGCGCCGACGAACUUACCGUGCUCACGGUCGUAUUAACCCAUACAUGUCCAACCCAUGCCACAUCGAAUUAAUCCUGACCGAGGGUGAAGAGGUUGUGCAGAAGUCGGAGGCAGUGGCUGGUCGUGAGGAGGUGCGGUUAAACUCGAGACAGCGUGGUGCUCGUCAACGUGCUGCUAUUACUGCUGCUUAG